UAAAAAACCUGCAUACAAAAUACCAGAUUAAAUUGUUAAACAAAUUCCAAGUCCCCAAUCUAUCAAAAAAAGUUUCCUUGCCAGGUAAAAAAGAGUUUAAAUAAAGGGGCUUAAGUGGGCUAAGUUCGUUUUUUCAUCGGUAUGGCACGCUGAAAAGGCGCCAUUCUUAAGAAGCGUCCCUCCAUUUUUUUUAAACUCCUAAAUAAUUACUGCUCGACGUCAUAAUGCAGCGCCACAGGGAAUUAUAUAAACAGCAAUCACUUGCUUUCAGCCCACGCAAUUUCAAUGAGCAGAACCGGGAACUACAUGAUGCGGCGCGUGCAAAACAGCGCGAGGAUCGUUUUCAAAGCAACCGCAUUAUUAGUGUUAGUCCAACUCCCGUCAAGCGUGCGGCACCUAUACCGCCCUCAGAGGAGGCGCAGCCACGCCUUACCUAUGUCGCUCCUCCUAAGGAGAAUCGAAAACCAGAGCUGCCUCAGCAGCAGAGGAACCCCACCCGGGACCUUUACAUAAAGCGCUUCGUGGAUUGGAAGUCUGCCAGGAAGGAACAAACAAAGAAUGAGCAAAUUUCUCGUCGUGGUCAAAAGAUGUUCACAUAUAAAACCGAAACACUUAAACCUGCGACAAACCCCCAGAAAGAGCAGGAGAACGCUCCGGCAUUUGUGCCGCCAAAAAGCCUUUGGCAACCCAAUUGCGUACCCAGGGUCAUCCAUCCAGAUUGCGCACUCAGCCUGCGGCAACCAUGGCAAAGCUGCAACAUGCAACGUCGCGUCCUCAACCGGUCACUGUGAAGACCCAAACAUCAAACAUGAAACAUCAAACAUCAGCAAGGAAUGUCCAGCCAGCCACAGUGAAGCCUGCACCUUCACGUGCAUUGCCCUUGAAGCCUACAGCAGGCCCAAAGCCCAAGGCAACAGAUUUGGUCGUUGGACCUUCUGCAAAUGGGGUUGUUCAUUUGCCAAAUGUGAGGACGCAACCAUUCGAAAAGCCGGCCGUGAGUAAGCCCACCUUAAAAAUACCAGCAGUGAAACCAAAGCCCAUUCAAGGAGGCGGCGGAGGGGGAGCUGCGGGAAAAUUUAAGUCGACCGCAGUAGCAAAAGGGCCGGCAAUAAAAAACAAGCUUGCCAGCCAAUUGUCGACCAGAAUGAAGGCCAAGAGCAACGUCAGCAAGUACGUAGGUCUUCAAAAGAAUGUUCGAAAUCGGCCGGAGCUGAUGAGAGAGUUGGUUGAGGCUGGGACCACUGAACUCCCACUGCCUCCCAAUACGCCGCUGGAAGAGAAGAUAAGUUUCCCUGCUCUGGCCACAUUCACGCAGUGCAAGACGAACAAUUGCAGUCAAGAAAUGAUAGAAGCCUUGGGUGAGAUUUCAAAUCUGAGUCCAGUGGGUCCAAUGAGCAGCCACCGAGAUUCGAAAGCGAAGCGGAAAUUUGACUUUUCUAGGUACUCUUUGAUAAAAACGGCAGCUGAAGAGAGUUUGAUCUUGGAUCCAUAUCUGGCUAAGGAUCCAGAUGAUAAAGAACAAGAAAAUUCUACUCUGAAGGCAGCUGCGGAGCAAACCCCUCCUCGCAGGAUUUCCGAUGAGAAGCUCAACUACUUAAGUCCAUAUGUGAGCGUCUCGCGCGGUAAAGUCAACUCUCGCUGUGAGCGUGAGAAGCGAAACAGCAUGUAUUUGCCCGGUGAGGAGUAUCCUGUUGCCAAUCGCCGGGCCCUCAAGUCGGUGCUCUACUUUCGCAUACAGCUGGAGAAUGAGAUUCGACGACUGCGAGAUAUCUGCAGCGAGUGGGAAGCCUAUAGCAAGGAGAAUGAGGCGCAUCUGGUUGAGACGGGCGGCAUAGAUAUGAUCAAUGUGGCCAUUGGACAGACAAAUUUGCUCUCUACCAAGAAAUUGAUGCAGUUCAGCGGUCUGAUUGACCGUUGCGAGGCGGGAGCUACGGGCAAGAACCAUCGACCCUACGAUGGCAGCGAGGAGACGAAACCCGUCCAGGCAGAGGAUCUGGAAGGGUGGUGGGACAUGCUGCGACUCCAGAGGGAGAAUGUUGACAAGCGCUACGAUCAGCGUGUGAUCGUAGUACGCGACCGUCGGUCCUUCUCUCCUGCUCGCACCGUCCUGCGCAUGUCUGUAGGCGAGAGCCGUUCUUCCAAUGGUGGCAACACUCUCCUCAAGUCUGCUAUAUUGGCCGCAGCCGAACAAAACGCUCUUAAUCAUACCCCCCCUCCCAAUAAGGGACGCCAGUCGAUUCUGAAAAAACCAGGGACCAGCAAGCGUGAAAGUCGUGGAGUUAUUUUCAGUACAAAGAAAAAUGUACGGCACUUCAAAUUCACCUACGAAUAAGGCA